AGAACCCAACCGGAUGUUGCUCACAGAUAUCGUGCGUGUGCUUGGCUGAGGCUCGGCGGUGUGGCGGUCUGUCACUCAGAAAGUUCCAGAAGAAAUACAGCCGUGGACGCGGAGACGACGAGCGGGAGCUCCACGGUUAGUUUGCGGAGGGGAAACGUCCCAACAUGUCGGUUAUUUCCGAGGACAAUGUGCGAGGGGAGGGCACCGAGAACCUCUUUAAGGAGAUAAGCGCCGACGGCGCGGACUGGCAGCCCACGGAGAUCGAGAGUCUGUGUAUGAACUGCUAUAAAAACGGUAUGACACGUCUGCUUUUGACCAAAAUCCCGUUCUUCAAAGAGGUCAUCAUCAGCUCUUUCAGCUGCGCUCACUGCGACUGGUCCAACACGGAGAUCCAGUCCGCGGGCCGGAUCCAGGACCAAGGCGUGUGUUACACACUCAAAGUGAAAACAAAGCAGGACUUGGACCGGGAGGUGGUGAAAUCGGACAGUGCGACCACCAGAAUCCCCGAGCUGGACUUUGAAAUCCCUCCUUUUACCCAGAAAGGGGCGCUUUCUACCAUCGAGGGCCUGUUGGACCGAGCGGUUUCGGGGUUGGAGCAGGACCAGACUGUCAGACGUGUAGCGGACCCGGAGGUGGCUGGGAAAAUAGACGAGUUCAUCCAGAAGCUGAGGCAGUUAAAAGAAGUGGAAAGCGAAUUCACCCUGGUGAUAGAGGAUCCGUCCGGCAACAGUUUUGUGGAAAACCCGAAGGCCCCUCAGAAAGAUGAUGCUCUGACUGUGUCCCGGUUCAAGCGGACCAUGCAGCAGGAUAUGCAGCUGGGGCUGCGGGCGGAUGGGGACUUGGAAGAAGCAGCAGAAGAAGAAGAGGAGGACCCGGCGGCCAACGACAUAGACGCCAUGAGAGACGAGGUUUUGGCCUUCAACACCAACUGCCCUGAAUGCAACGCGCCGGCCGCGACCAACAUGAAGCUGGUCCAGAUCCCCCACUUCAAGGAGGUCAUCAUCAUGGCGACCAACUGCGACAGCUGCGGCCACCGCACCAACGAGGUGAAAUCGGGCGGGGGGACAGAGGAGAUGGGGACCAAGAUCACCCUGCACCUCACCGACGUGUCGGACAUGACCCGGGACGUGCUGAAGUCGGAGACGUGCUCCGUCGCCAUCCCCGAGCUGGAGUUUGAGCUGGGGAUGGCAGCCGUGGGCGGCAAGUUCACCACCCUGGAGGGGCUCCUGAAAGACAUCAAAGACCUGAUCAUCUCCAAGAACCCCUUCAUGUGCGGGGACAGCUGCACCGCCGAUCGGCAGCAGAAGCUGAACGCGUUCGGGGACAAGAUAGACAAGAUCAUGGCCGGAGAGAUGGACGUCCACGUCGUCCUGGACGACCCAGCGGGGAACAGCUAUGUGCAGAACGUGUACGCCCCGGAUCCAGAUCCCGAGAUCACCAUCGAGAAGUACACCCGCACGUUUGAGCAGAACGAAGACCUCGGCCUGAAUGACAUGAAGACUGAGGGGUACCAAGAGGACAAAUGAAGUCCCAGCACCACCUGAAAGGACUAAAUGGACUAAAUGUCUUGUCAAAAAAGCCAGAGCGAUCAUAUUGCUCCAUGUUUUUGUUCCAUUUUCAGACAUUUUAAGUUAAACGCUGGGUUGUUUCAGGCAGAAUAUUUAUCAAUGACAGGAAUUCUAAGUUGCACCGUGAAAAGAACACGCUAGCCAAUAAGUGACAUGAUUUGUAAAACAUAUGGAUAGUGCUGUUAUUAAAGAGAAAUCAUUU